GAAUUCCUUUCCCUACAUUUGCGAAGUAAUUUCCUCGAGUUGAGUAGGUUGGCGUGAUAUGGCGAGUACUACAGCGACGAUUAGUCCUAUGCGUCACGACACCGAGUUCAAAACCCUUGAUGGAACGACAUUGAAAGGGUGGUUCUAUCCGGCUGGGGAAAACGCCUCGGCGGUAGUCAUUUCUCACGGCUUUGCAUGCCUCAAAUCCUGGGCUCUCCCAGAAAUUUCCAGAGCCCUCCAGUCCUCAGGCAUCGCCUCCCUCCUAUAUGACCAGCGUUGCUUCGGCACGUCGUCUGGCACGCCCCGCCACGACGUCGAUCCCGAGCUACAGUGCUCGGACGUCCAUGAUGCUGUUGGUCACCUACUCUCCCUCCCGAGCAUAAACCCCGACAAAAUCGGAAUAGUUGGGUUCAGCUACUCAGCAGCGCACGCCGUAAAAGCCGCUUCUCUGGACCGGCGCAUCAAAUCCAUUAUCUCGAUCAACAGCUUCAUUCGUGGUUCCUGGUUGUUGGGAUUGAUGGUUCCGGACAGGCCUUCUGCCGAUGCACUUAUCUGGGAGGAUAGGGAACGGCGUCGUGCAGGGGAUGGGGAAGUGGGAUACUUCCCUGUCUGCAAAACUGCCGACACCACUGGUAUGGUGUUUUUGCCGACGGAGGGUGCCUCGGAGUUUUACCAGCGGAUGCAGAAAGUUGAGAUUGCCAAUGGGGGGGAGUGGGAGAACCGAGCUACAAUUCAGAGCCUUUUGAAGAUUAGGAAGUACAGCAUUAUGGAGGAUAUGAAGGUUCUGGCCCCGACAAGUUUGUUGAUGAUUGUGGAUGAGUCUGUCUUGGGGAGCGGUGAGUACCAGAAGGCCUUUGAGGCUGCGGGGGAGGGGGGCGAAAUUAUAAAGGAGUUUUUAACCGUUGAGGGUGGGCAUUUUGAUCCCAUGACUGAGGGUAGGGGGUUGGAGAAUGUUAUCGAACAUUCCGUUAGUUUUCUGAGGAGGAUCUUUUACGGGGAAGUUGAGGAGUGA